UGCUGUUGGUGUAGGAUGGAUGUUGCUGCUGCUGCUGCUGCUGCUGUUGCUGUUGCUGUGAGGGGAGCUGUUGGGAGGGCAGGGGACGGGGGACGAUGGAAACAGGGGCGAGCUGCUGGCUCUGGUGCUGGUGGUGACGCUGAUGGUCGUAUUGGAACUGGUCGAGCCUCAGCUGGUGCUGCUGCUGCACCAGAGACUGCUGCUGCUGCUGUUGCUGCUGCAUGGUUGCACCAGCACCGGUGUAGUAUGUGUUAUUACUCAUGAAAGGGAGACGAGAGAAGGAGAAGGAGAAGGAGAGAGAAGCCGCUUUGCAGGAGAGGAAGAGAGAGAGAGUGUGUGUAUGUGUAUGAGUGUGAGUGUGAGUGUGUGUGUGAGUGUGAGAUUGAGAUUGGGUGCGAGAUUGGAAGAGUGCGGGGAUGGAGUUCAACUGACGAGGACACACAUGCGACCGGAUUGUGGAGGGAAGAAAUUGCGGGGAAUGAAGUGAAGGAGAAGGAAAAAAAGGGUUUAUAUGAAGAGAGAGAAAGAGGAGAGAGAGAGAGAGAAAGAAGGGGAGAAGGAAAAGAAAGAGAGGGAAAGUUAUGAACAGAAGGAAGGAAGAGGAAAGGGAGUCGAGCUGGGGGGGGGAAAUGAUUAUUGGGUGUGUGGACGUAGAAAAAAAAGAAAGAGUGAAUGAGGGAGAGUGAGCCAAUAAAAUAAAUCAGAGCAAACACUGGGCGCAAUUGAAUUGGAGUGAAUACCCAUGUGUGUUUAUCUCAAAGACACACACCUGUCUAUUCAAUUUAUUGCUGUUGACACACACAUACACACAUACACACACCAAACACCAAACGGUGAAUAAGAAAACGACAGAGUAAAAAAAAGGCCCUGGCUUUAUUUUUUAUUGUAUUUUCCAGACGUGUUGUCGCCGUGUCGAG